AUGGAGCAGUGCUUUGUGCAGUCUAUAUGGAAACCCCAAAAAGCAUCAACGUUAAGUACUGACUGGAGCAACUACUUUACCGAAUCUAUGGACAAUAUAUAUACUUCGUUGUCUCUAAGCUUGAUUGCAGAGAAAAGGUUUUCCUUGAAUUGUAAAAAUGGCAAGGCAACCAUUGAUUCGAUAAAUGAGUACAUACUCAUACCUCUGUCACUAAGGUUUCUUGACAUUGAUUUGAGUGAGAUCUUUGAGAAUAAUGAUGGAGAGAUCCAUAUUGAUGAUUUGAUAACCAAGGAGCCAGUUAUUAUUUUCUGGAGAAAUGCAGAUAAAAUAACCAGCGAUCAGCAAAUGACAUUGGUCAAGUUUUUGAAUGAAUUCGAUGAGUACGAUACGAAUGAAUCUAGGUUGAAGAAAUCUAAUCCAAACGCUUCAGUCCCUGCCAUCGUUAUCGAAAACUCAUCUACGACUUCUAGUACUACUACACCAGCAACUUCCAAUUCUUCUUACAAAUAUCCUCUCACUAUAAUACUUGUGAUUGAGAACAAUUUAAAUAUAAUUCAACAACUAAGAUACAAAUUCUGGUUCUGCCAAUACUAUUCGAGGCAUAGUUUGUUAAGGACUCCUACUGAUAUAAUUGGUAGACACUAUUUAUCACGAUUGCGAAAAGUGCAACAGAAAACGGUAUUCGUAGCUCCUGAUAUACAAAGGUACAUCUACUCUCUUAUAGUGCAUACUAGGAACCAUAGACUUUGCCUGAUAUCUCCCAUGGAGACUAGGCUCCCGACCAUGACAAUUCAAAGCGUACAACUAUUGGCUGAGACGUAUGUAAGAUGGACAUCUUUAACCCACCCGAUUGAAGAUUCUUCCAUUCUAUUCGUAACCCCCGACGUUUGUAAGAUAGUGAUGAGGAAGGUCGGUUAUUGGUUAAUUAACUGGCAAAAGAACCUUGGGAAGAAAACAUCAGCUCGAAAAGAGGAAGGUGAUGAAGAAUAUAUUGUAGAUAAUGAUAGAAUUCAUCGCUUAAACGAGGCAGAAGGGAACAAGCAAACAGAAAGAAUAGAGAUGCUAAAAAUUGCACUGUUAGGAGGCGACUGGUAUGGAACAGAUUGGAAGUUUAUUCAAAACUACAUCCAGAGAUGUGAAGGUAAAGGUAAGGAGGAGUAUAACGUGAUUGUAGAAGAUGCCUUACAUAAGGUGCAACCACCAGUGUAA